ACUUUUCACCUCCCCCCAUCCGUGCAUCCGCUUCCCUCAAAACACAGUCUCAACCCCUCGAUUUCUACCCCACUGUCUCACAUGGCCGUCGCCCAACUGACCCGGAAAUGGUGGCCCUCGCUCCAGUCAGUGUCGCAUCCAUCGUAAUCGGCUUCAUCUCCUUCUCUUUCACACUCGCGAUCUGGCUCCAUGCAUUCUGGGAAUCCUUCGUAACAAUAGGCCAAGCGCCCGAACAGCUCCAAGACGCUCUUUCCACCCUCCGACAAGCACUAUACGAAGAGCGCGAAUACCUAAAACGCAAACGGCGGCGGGGGAACGAUAAAGAGGAAGGGCGAUCCUCGUCGAAGAAUCGGCCCACGAUAUACUACGAAGGCGGGCCGACGAAAGUUAUCAAUGAUGCGGUCAAGGAUUUGAUACGGGAGUUCAAGGCGUACGAGCGCCCGUUUUUGGAAACGGAGCAUACGGGCAGAGAGAAAGAGCUGGAGUGGAGUUUUGAUGCCACACAGCAGUAUUAUAAGAGUGAUUUUGUGCAUAGGGUGUUGUGGUUGAGGAGCAAGGGAGGGGUGGAGACUAUUGCGGAGAAGUUGCAAAAGAUCCAGACCAGGAGGAUUGCGGUCGAGGUUACGGAGAUGCACUUUCAGAUGAGUGAUAUGAUGGGUCUGGUUAGGGAUCAAGAAGGGAGGCUGAGGGCUAUUGAAGAGAGGUUACAAAUGUCUAGGGUGGGAUGGGAUGAAUUGAGGCGGAAUUAGAAGGGAGACUAUAUACCAUUGCAUUGAACGGCGUUGGGGAAAAUCAGGCAUGCAUUUAUUUUGGGCUUUGGCU